AAUAGAUACACACAUGAUCUAACUAGCUCAAAAAACCUAAAAUCAUCAUAUACAAUGAAUAACAAAAAUUUACCAAACUUAGUAGUUUCUAUCUUCCCCUUUAUUCUCCUAACUUGUUUACGCCCAUGCAAUACUACAAAUCCAAGCUCAAAAAAACCCGAAUUUCGCGGUAUUUUUGUGUUUGGGAACUCUAUACUAGAUAAUGGUAAUAACAACUUCCUUAAUACUGCAUUAAAGGCUAAUUACUUACCUUAUGGAAUUGAUUUUCAGUUUGGUGCAACUGGAAGAUUCACUAAUAAUAAAAAUUUGGUUGAUCAUAUUGGUGAUAUUCUUAAGCUUCCUCUUAUACCUGCAUUUUCAAAUCCUCAAAGUAAGGGAGUUGCCAUUUCUCAAGGAGUUAAUCAUGCUUCUGCUGGUUCUGGCAUACUAGAUGCAACCGGGUCAAAUAUGGAGUUGUACAACAUAGGAGCAAGGAAGUUUGCCUUUUUAAAUAUAGGUCCUCUAGGAUGCAGUCCUAUGGCUAGGGCAUCCAUGCGAAACAAGGAAUGCAAUGAAGCUUUAAACUAUGCUGCAUUUCUUUUCAAUAUACAGUUGAUUCAAAUGCUCGAUGUCAUUACCACUCAAAUGCCAGGAUUUCAAUCCGUGGUAGUUAAUGUUUUCCAAAUCACCCUUGAAUUUAUACGUAACCCUUCAUUUGGAGGUUUUAGUGAUGUGAGCAGUUCAUGUUGUGAAGUUUCAGAGCAAAGUGGUGGAGUAUUAUGCAAAGGAGGUGGAAGUGUGUGUAGUAAUAGGACCAGCUUUCUGUUUUUUGAUGGUUUACAUCCCACUGAGGCACUUUAUGGUAUUGUAGCAACUAGAGCUUAUUACUCUAAUAGCACAAGCGAAGUUUACCCCUUUAAUAUUCAGAGGUUAGCUCAAGUCUAA